AUGAUUAACAAGCAAAGAAUAACGGGUAAACCAUACGAGUUCUACAAAAAAUGUGCUUAUGUUCCAGACACGACCUUAUUCACAUUUAGCGUGACUGACGAGGGAAAAACCAUCGGGGUAGAGCCUAAUGACGCUGUUACCAGAAAGUUCGUAUUGGUCAGCGUAUCCGUAUCAAAUAUCGGGUGGAUUGUCACUGUCAUGAACAUCAUUCCCUUGGACAGGGACACUAUUGUAACGAAUUCUAUCACACUGUACCUGACUGAUGUCAAUGACAAUGCCCCGGUGUUCAAGGACGAACCUUAUACUUGGUAUCUGAAAGAGGAUAUAAAAGGCAGUGCAAUGAGGCAUUACAAGAUAAACGCAACUGACUAUGACAGUAAUGCCAAUGGGAGAAUAACAUUCACAAUGCAGUCCACAAAUUCCGCGAAGGAGUACAAUGAGACAUUUGCGAUUAAUCCCACAUCCGGAAUGGUCGAUCAAAUGAAACCACUUGACUAUGAGAAAAACAGUUACUACCAGUUCACUGUUACAGCUACGGAUGGAGGAAGUCCACCAAAGAGCACAACGGCCGACUUUAUCAUAAGGGUAGAAGAUGUGCAGGACACGCCCCCUUUCUUUACAGGAAUUCCUUACAGGGCUAUAAUUGAUGAGGGAAUAGUAAUGGGUUCAAAUGUCCUCACAGUCAACGCCCAAGACGGUGACCCCGGGGUUUCCAAUAAUGUUAACUACACAAUUGAAGCAAAUGGUUUGAACAAAAAUUGCUCACAAUUGUUUCAAGUAAACGUGACCAGCGGAAGUGUGUCAACUGCUACAGUUGUAGAUAGGGAGAGCGAUGCAGUUACUAAAGUCAAUGGCGAAUGCAAGUUUAAUAUUACUACUACUGAGGUAGAGAGUUCGAAUGAAAAACAGUAUGGAAAUAUCACCGCAACAACCGAAGUUACAGUUACUAUAAAAGAUGUCGAUGAUAACGUUCCAACGUUCAGUCCCAACCAAGCCAUAACUGGUAAUCUAACAGAAAACUCAGCGGAAGGAAUUCCUAUAACACUUUCAAGGAAUCUACGUGUGAUCGAUAAAGAUUAUGGAGAUAAUGCAAAAAUGUGCGUACAAGUGUUAAAUGCUAACGGAGCAAAUAGUACAGAUUUUCAUGCGAUACCUAAGGAAAUCCAAGGAGACGGUAAUAUAAAUCUUCUAGUUGCCACAGGCGCGAAUAAAACUCUUCUUGAUUACGAACGAACAAAAAAGGUUUAUCUUAAAGCGACAGAUGAGGAUGACGAUGGAAAUGGAAAUUUAACUUAUAGCUUAGCAGGAGGAAUGAACAAGUUUCGAAUUGACCCGGACGAUGGACACAUAUACACAAAUUGCAUUGCAAGUGCUUUGAAUCGCGAGUUGUUAGACACCUACUAUAUGAGUCUAACAGUGGAGGAUUCCGGUCAUAGGCGGAGCACAGCGCAGCUUAUUGUAUGCCUGAAUGAUGAGAAUGACGAAAGACCGAAGUUUUUCCAGGAUACAUAUUAUGUUACAUUGGUGGAAAACGACGAAAAAUACAUUAACAAGUCAUUUGUCACUGUUAGAGCGAAGGACAACGAUCAAAUCAACUCGUCAAAUAGUAAUAUAUCAUAUUGCAUUUUAACAGCAUCUGACAAAAACUUUGUCAAAAAUUUUAAUGUCAAUGAUCAAACUGGGAAUAUCUCGCUGAAUCAUGCCAUAGACUUUGAGAAUAUUACUAAUAGUACAGAGCCUGGGCUUAUUGUUUUAACCAUUCAGGCAACUGACCAUGGCAACCCAUCAUUAAAUUCUACAGCGACCGUGAGGAUCAUUGUACAGGAUGUAAAUGAUUUCUAUCCGAUAUUUGAGAAAGACCACUAUGGCGCCUCAGUCCAUGAAAACGAAAGUUCCACUCUUCAAAAAGAGGAAUUCGUUACAUCUGUGCACGCUUCUGAUGGCGACGGUACGGAGAGAAAUAGGGGGAUAAACUACUUCAUUGAGUCUGGGUCUUUCGGAAAAUUCAGAAUAGACCCAAAGUCUGGGAAGAUUUCAGUGCAAAUUGACGCAAUACUUGAUUACGAGCAAAUUGCACAGCGUAUGAUCGUGAUUUAG